AUGUUCAAAGGAGACAGUGGUAAAAAUAAGAAACCAACAUCAAAUCUUAAAAAAACUUUUCAGAAGCAUAGAAGGAACCAUAGCAAUAUCAGCGUAGCGGAAACAUUCCCUGAUUUUGGUGAGUUCAAUGAUACACAGAUUAACUCGUCGGAUAAUUCAACGACUUCAUUAACACGCCUGGGGCAAACCCCCUUGAUGGGAACAUCAAAUAAAUCCUUGGAAUCAUUACAAAGUGCACCCGAGCUACGUCCACAUUUACAUACAAGAUCACGCUCGUUUAAUGGCAUUAACAGUCUGUCCCCUAAAUUCUCUUUUCCUAAUAAACCUAAUUUACCCAAUCCAGCCAAGCUGAAAUCAGGAAUCUCAAAAAAAUCAAACAAAAAUCGAAUCAAGAGUACAUCACUUAUAGAAUCUUCCACUAUUUUGGAGGAUGAUGAAACAGAGAUGAAUUUUCCCAUGCUUCCAGAGUUUUCCUUUGGUGGAGAGAGGAAAGAUAUACCUAUGCCAAAGGAGAAGACAUCUGGCGGUGAUUUAAGUGCUGAAUCAGGUACUGAAUCUUUGGAGAAUGAACGACAAGAUGUAAAGAUGAUGCGAUCAUCCAUAGAUGCAGAUUUUGAUUUCAAUUUUUCCAAAGAUGCAACGGUGCCUAGGGGCCAACAAAUACUAAGAUCCAGAAAACGUAACCCACCAGUUCAUAAAAAGGUGGUCAUGUCUAUGGGAAGUAGUUCAGAUGACGAUGCUUCAACGGAAAAUGAAACUGACAGUGAAAAUGAAAAUGAAAAUGGUAAUACUAGGAAUCCAUUUUUCAGUAAGAGUUCCGGAGACCAAGAGUCUGUUAAAAGUCAAGAAUCGCCUUCAAAAUCUGGAAUCCGAUCAUUUUUCCGUAAAAGGGGGCUUUCGUUAAGUUCCAAAUCUGUUCCACGUUCAGAACAAACACAUUCUAGUAACACAUCCAAUGACAGCACAGACAACAAAGAAAAAAGUAGUGUCAACGAUAUCGCAAUGGAAAGGUUAUCUAGCAGUCCACCUAUUAAUGAACAUACACUUAAUGACAGCACUGAUAUCCAUUUCUCCGAUGAGAAAGCCGGUCAUGAUAACACGGAUAAUGAUAGUGCAAAUGAUACAACCGUGAAGAAUGAAGGUGCAUAUGAGGAUGAAAACUACCAAACUCACGAUGAUACGGGAUCAUUCCAGGUCGAUGACGAUAACAAUGGCAUUGGCAAUACUAACAGUGAGAACUUCUUCAAAAAUAUAUUUCAUAUGGAUGGACUGUUGGGGCAAGGUGGACUAAUACCACAUCAGAAUGUCAGUCAAAAUACUAUCAAGAGGGGGGAUACAAUACAUGAUGAAGAAAAUCCACCUCCUGAUUUUGAAGAAGAAAUAAGAGGUGAAGCCAAAGUUCUAGUUGACCAUAUGAUUAGAAGCCCUCUUGAGAAUUUGAAAAAAAUAAGCUUCAAGAAUUCUAGAAAAAGAAAUGCUUCUCAAAGUUCAAAUAAUGAUAGAGCUGCUGGUAAUGAUACAGAUAAUACAGGCGAUAGUGGUAUCUAUGUUCCCGAGGGUGCCCACUUACCUCUUGAUCCAUUUGAUGACCUACAAAACAUUGAACAAUUCAGUAUUGAUGUUCCUGAAAACGUUAUCGAAAAACCAAAGAAAAUACGUGCUGGAAUACAAUCAACAUUAUUUCAACUGUAUAAUACACAUUUAAUGGGUACAAAUUCCACUGCGACAUCCCUUUCUGGUGACAAUGCUUCCACCUUGGUUAAUGAAAAACCAAUGCAUGAGUCUUUUUUCUUGGAAUCAAGGCCAGAACAUAAUAAUUUGAAUAUGAAUCUUGGCGAGGAGAUUGAGCGGACAGGGAUUGCAGGCCACCCUUUGGGUAAUGUUGAUUUUCUGGAUGAAAUGCCGGAUUUGGAGAGAAUCAAGGAUGAAGAAACUGAGAACUUCAAAUCGUUUCACAAAAAGACGGCAUCUUUACAAGAGAAAUUCUUCCAUGUGGAUCCCAAGAAGCCAGCUAAUUCAUCAAAGAAAAAAUCUGAUGUUAAAUUUGAAUUACCAAACUUCAGUAGUAAACCAAAGUCUGCAGCUACAUCAGGAAGUGAAAUAAAAACACAUUUGGGCAACUUAAAAAAACGUAGAUUUAACAAAAUGGUGAACAAGGAAACAAAGGCACGUAUUACUGUUCAUAUCACUGAUGUUCUAGAAAGACAGAGGUUCAUAUUGACCCUUUGUAAAGCGUUUAUGCUUUAUGGUGCACCAACCCAUAGACUUGAAGAGUACAUGUCAAUGACAGCGCAAGUUCUUGAAAUAGAUGGAUCGUUUAUCUAUUUCCCGGGUUGUAUGUUGGUGUCCUUUGGUGAUCUAAAUGCGCGUACUUCUGAGAUGAAACUUGUCAGAUGUGCCCAGGGUUUAGAUCUUGGGAAGCUAGACGAAGUGCAUGACGUCUAUAAGGAUGUCGUUCAUGAUCGUUUGGGUGCUGUUGAAGGUUAUCAAGUGCUAGAUAAAAUUCUAACAAGGAAACCCAAGUUCAAUAAAUGGUGGUGUAUAUUAUUUUAUGCUCUUUCAUCUCUUGCUGUUGCACCAUGGAGUUUUGGUGGUUCUUGGAUUGAUUUGCCAAUGUGUUUUGCUAUUGGUGGUAUUAUUGGCUUUUUGCAGUUUGUUGUUUGUCCUAAAAAUACACUAUACUCUUCUGUUUUUGAAGUCACGUCUAGUAUUAUUGCCAGUUUCUUGGCUAGAGCUUUCGGGUCGAUUAAUAGUGGUAACACUUUUUGCUACGCAGCUCUAGUGCAGAGCCCCUUGGCGUUGAUAUUACCUGGAUAUAUUAUUCUUUGUGGUUCUCUUGAACUUCAAAGCAGAAACAUUGUUGCAGGUAGCGUUAGGAUGUUUUACGCUUUUAUUUAUUCACUCAUGUUAUCAUUUGGUAUCACUCUUGGGGCCGCCUUAUACGGAUGGAUUGACCACAAUGCUACUUCCGCAACAACAUGUACAACAAACAUCUCGCCGUGGUACAGAUUUCUGUUUGUUCCGAUGUUUACCAUUGGUAUUGCAUUGACUAAUCAGGCAUCCUGGUCUCAGUUACCAAUGAUGUGUAUAAUAUCUGGGUGUGGUUACGUUGUUUCUUAUUUUGCUUCGACACACUUCAAAGAGGUCACAGAAUUGAAUGCAACUUUGGGAUGUUUUAUUAUCGGUCUAGUGAGUAAUAUCUACUCGAGAAGUAUAAAAACGAUCAAUCAUUAUUUGAAGUUACGAGGAUCUUUUAUGACUGUCGCAUUAAUGCUUCCAGCUAUUUUUGUUCAAGUUCCUAGUGGUAUUGCAUCCCAGGGUUCUGUUUUUACGGGUAUAACGGCAGCAAAUAAUAUUGUUCAUAGCGACAACCAGACUGAAGCUAGUCAAACAAAUUCAUUAUCUUUUGGUAUGGUUAUGAUCCAAGUUGCAUUAGGUAUUAGCGUGGGCUUAUACCUUAGUACAAUUAUUGUUUAUCCAUUUGGUAAAAAACGGACUGGAUUAUUUACUUUAUAG